GCUCCGAUUUUUGUGCGGAAAAAAGCUGAAAUAUGCUACAAAUGUGAUAGUUUCUCAUUAUAUUAGUUGUUUCACACAUCUUACAGUGAUAUUUCGUAGUUAUUUUCGUAUAUUUUAAAAAUAACAGCUGCAGUAAGUGUGAGCAGCGAUGCAUCGCAGACGGAGAGCAGACAGCAGCAGAAGAUGUUAGAUAUUUUGUGAAACGAAAGUGAAAAUUGUGGGUCUACUUCUGCCAAAUGGGAGUGAGUGUGUAGGAAUAUUCAAUGACUUGAACCUAGCGUAUAGAAAAAUAAAGCAGCUGCUAGCUGGUCAACAGUAGCAGCACAGAAUACAGACUCCCAAGGACUCCAGACCUGAUGCUGUAGUAGGACAUUGGACAUCAGACAAAUGGGUGAAGUACAAGAUCCUGAACAGCAGUAUAGUCUGCGUUGGAAUGACUUUCAUGCCAGCAUUAUUUCAUCGUUCAGACAUCUUAGAGAUGAAGAGGAUUUUGUGGAUGUUACUCUGGCAUGUGAUGGAUGUUCCUUCACAGCACACAAAGUGGUUCUAUCUGCUUGUAGUCCGUAUUUUAGAAGACUGUUAAAGGCUAACCCUUGUCAGCAUCCUAUUGUUAUAUUAAGAGAUGUAAAGGAGAAGGACAUGGAAUCGCUUUUGCGUUUUAUGUACAAUGGCGAAGUGCACAUAGGUCAGGAACAGUUAUCGGACUUUCUGAAGACGGCUCAGAUGCUGCAGGUCCGAGGACUUGCUGAUGUCCCCACAAAAGAAAACCAAAAACCACCUGUAUCAAAUUCACUUCCAUGGUCACAGUCUUCUGAAAUGAGAGAUAGUUUCAAUGACGACGAUGUUUCACCACCACCUAAAAGGAAUCGCUUCUCGCCAUCUCCUGCAUCUUCUGCGGCACAUAACAAUGGGGGUGAACAGAUGAUGAGAGAAUCCCUCUUGGGCCAAGCAUUGGAAAGUGGAGCCCAGCUGCCUCCCUCGGCUGGCUCUUCUCAUCAGAACAAGGGUACAUCUGAAUCUUCUCUGCAAGCGCAGUCGACUGGUGAGGAUAGUAAUUCAAGUGAUACCGCAAUGUCUGACAGAGGAGGACAUAUGACUGAUAUUGUUCCCAAGACUGAACCAAGUGAAUUUGGUUCAGCCGAUGAUAAUCAACAACUUCAUCAUCAUGGCAAUGGCAAUGGGAUUGGUCUGGACACUCAGAGGACUCCCCCAUUUCCAGCUGCACUUCUUGGAUUACAAGGCAUUCCUGGACUGCUUCCUGGACCUUCUGGUCUCCACAGUAAUAAUCAGGAUGGAAAUUUUGUAUCAAGACGAGGUUUGGAUAUGAUGCGGGUACGUGCAACAGACCCAAGGCCUUGUCCAAAAUGUGGGAAGAUUUAUCGUUCAGCACAUACAUUACGCACUCAUCUGGAGGACAAACACACUGUGUGCCCUGGAUAUCGUUGUGUGUUGUGUGGCACUGUGGCAAAAUCACGAAACUCUCUUCACUCCCACAUGAGCCGACAGCAUCGAGGCAUCAGCACGAAGGACCUUCCUGUAUUACCGAUGCCUUCCCCUUUUGAUCCAGAACUGGCAUCAAGAUUACUGGCGAAGGCAGGUGUCAAAGUGUCAGCAGCUGAACUACGUGCACGGGCUUCUCCGACAGGGCCACGUCGUCCUGAAAUGAGGCUCGAGGUAAAAACAAACCAUGUGGGGGACUCAGUAAGGUAUUCUAGUGCACCAUCAGAAGCAGGGAGCAGUAUUUAUGGUGGUGAUGACCCAGAAGACCUGACAGUUUCCAACUCUAGGUUUGGAAAUGUUGAACUUACACCACUUUCACCAUCUGGGAAUUCUGCCCCUGUAAUUACAAAGGCUGGACCUCCUAAGCAUCAUCAGAAUCCUGCAAUAGCAGCAAAAUCUCUGGAGGCAUUGGGCAUGGGUGCACCUCCUAUCGGCAACAGACUUGUUGAAGGAAAUCGUGCACCUUUACCACCACCACCUCCACCAACACCGUCUGGAGCCUCUACUGGUAGUGCAAUAUUGGACACUUACCUACAAUUUAUAGCUGAAAACUCAAAUACUUUGGCACUGGGAUUGAGUCGUGAGCAAGCAGCUGCACAUGUAGCUGCUGCUGCCGCUGCUCAGCAUGCUGCUGAAGUUGCCUCAGUGGAGGGUAAGAUUGGUUUAGCUGAACAGACACCUGAACGGGUUGUGGAUCGAGACAUUUUGGAAGACAUGGAAUCAUCAGGAGCAGAUGAUGAUGAUUAUAGUGAGGAUGAACAAGAGGCUAUCAAAGCAGAAUAAAAAUUAGGCUUGAUUCACCCCUGGAUUUGUACUUCAUGCUCAGUUUCCCAUCUCCUGACACGGGUAAGAAGUAUAUCAUAAAAGAAGAGAAACUGUGUUGAAGUACAAGAAUUCCUUCCAUCUACCUCACUCUCAGGAUGUCACAAAUGUUUUAAUUCUUUCUGAAUUUUUGUGCAUAUAAAAUAAACAUUCAGGUCAAUGUAAAAGAGAAUGUGUUAUGUUGAGAGACUGGUUUAGAGUGGCAUGUCUAUUUCUGAUAUGCAUAAAUUCAUUAUCACUGGUUUACUAUUGUGUUUGACUAAUUUAUGUAUC